UGUAAUUUGUGUAUACUUGACCCAAUUUCGCGAAUUUUGCAAUGUAUUUCUUCGUCUAUGUUGUGUGUGCACGCUAAUACAGUAGCUGUAUAAGUAAAAGGAAAUGCUGUGACCUUGUGUGAAGUGAAAAAUAUGAUUGGAAUCAGACGGCAGUUUUUGAGAUUUACCACAUCGUUAAAUGAGCAGAAAGGACAGCAUGCAUUUGUGGCUGUUUUGCAAUGUUUUGGAAGGCGUGGAUUCAGUACAACAGUGAAGAGAAAUCGUCGCUCCAGCAUACCAAAAGGGAUUGGUGUCCGUGACAAGGAGUUGCCCUACUGGAAAAGAUUUUUAAAGGGUGGCUACCCAUUACUGUUGGCGCCAGCAAUAUUCACAUACCUUGGUUUUUGGCAGAUACAGAGACUCAAGUGGAAGAUGGGGAUAAUAGAUAUGCUUAAUGAAAGGACCAAUUCAGAUCCAAUACCUCUGCCAGAGGACUUAAGAGAAAUACAGGACCUUGAGUAUCACCCUAUCCGUGUGCGAGGGACCUUUGACCACUCCAGGGAAGUUGUUGUUUCACCUAAAGGAAGGGUGGAGAGUAAAAACCAGGCUGUGAUGAGAGGACUGCAGCCAAACACUGAAAAAAAUGAAAUGACCCAUUACGGAGGCUGGGUGGUGACGCCAUUUAAACUGUCGGACAGGAAUACUACAAUUUUAAUAAAUAGAGGAUGGGUGCCUCAUAGCAAGAUUGAUCCAAAAAAACGACAGAAGGGACAGGUUGAAGGUGAAGUGGAAUUGGUUGGAUUGGUGAAACAUGCAGAGAAAAAAUCCAGGUAUGCGUCAUCAAACAUGUAUACAAAAACAGUGAAAAGUGACUAUGAAGCAGUCCGCUUUCUGGUUCUGGAUGUAGAUGAGAUAGCCCAUUAUCUGAACACUGCCCCAGUCUGCCUCAGUGCUGAUGCAGACUCUACAGUGGAAGAAGGUCCUGUUGGUGGCCAGACCAGGGUGAAAGUUCGCAAUGACCACUUCUCGUAUAUAUUAAUUUGGCUUUCCUUGGCUAUACUGACAUCUUACUCAUGGUACAAACAGUUUCGAGUAGAACCUUCGUCAACAGCACUUGGCGCAUACAUCAAGAGAUCACAGCGGGCAGCCACGCUGUCUAGUAGGUUAGGAGAAAAACAAGGAAUGGCAAAGAAACCACAAUAAGGAUGGAGUGGCAUCAUGACACAUUACUUCAUUGGCAAACAAUUACAGGUUGGAAUGUUCUCACUCGCAGCAGGUAUUUUAACAACAUACCAAGUUUCAGUCAUGUAUGGUGGGGAUGGUAUGGUCCUAUGAAGGAUUCAUGGUAUUAAGUGGAACUGGACAGUAGAUGCCAACUUGUAGUUACACACAACUUUCAUGGAAUUCAUUUGGAGAUAUGAAUAAACGACCUUCAUGAUUUAAUAAAAGGUUAAACACUUCCAAGUAGGUGAAUGUUUGCACCUAUUUUUUUUUCUUCAUUUUGGAUUUACCCCAAGUUCUGAAUAUGUUGUCAAUUUUCAAGACACUUGAUCAGUUGUAUUUGUUACAUUUUAGGAAAGCCAAAUUCAAACAUUGAAAUAUUUUACUCCCAACAGCUUUUAUGCCCCUGAUAUUGACAUUGCAGAAAAUAAACGUGUAACUUCCAAGGAGUGAUAAUUUUGCUGCAGCAUCAUGUAUUUCAGGUAAAUUUUGCUUGAGAAUAAAAUCAACAACAAUGUGAA